AUGGCGCAGUCUAAACUGAUGAAGUUUUUGGGCGGGGCUUCUUCAAGCACUGAAGAUGAUUUAAGGGCUGGAACAAGCACAGGGGAGACACGCUCAGAGCCUCGACUGUCCCCGAGCACAUCGGACAGUAACUUGUACCAGAACCGCUUUCUCGGGCUGGCGGCCAUGGCCUCGCCGUCUCGUUCGUCCCAGGCCCGGCGCCGGAGCAAAGACCCUAUCCGGCACAGCUUCAACCCGGAGCACUUCCCCAGUGUAGACUUCCAGAACGGCGAGCCUGAGGAGCUGGCAGCUGCCCUGCCGCGUUCCACCAGCGAUACGGACCUGGUGACAUCACACAGCCGCUCCACACUGACCGCCAGCACGUCCCACUAUGCCAUUGGCCAAUCGGUGGACAUCACACUUACCUGGGACAUCAAGGAGGAGGUUGAUGCCGGAGAUUGGAUUGGAAUGUAUCUUAUUGAUGAAGGGCUAUCGGAGAACUUUAUGGACUAUAAGAACCGCGGGGUGAAUGGCUCUCACAAAGGCCAGAUUGUGUGGAAGAUUGAAGCCAAUUCUUACUUUGUUGAACCGGAGACAAAGAUCUGCUUUAAGUACUACCAUGGGGUGAGCGGCGCCUUGAGGGCCACGACACCCAGUGUGACCGUGAGGAACCCUUCAGCACCGGUGUUCAAGCCGGUUGCCGUGGAUGACGUGCCUCAGAGUCAGGGCAGCCGAAGACUCAUCAGCUUCUCUCUGUCAGAUUUCCAGGCAACAGGCUUAAAGAAGGGCAUGUUCUUCAACCCGGACCCCUACCUGAAGAUCGCCAUCCACCCGGGCAAACACAGCAUCUUCCCUGCUUUACCUCACCACGGCCAGGAGAAGAGAUCAGGCAUCGUCUGCAACACCAUCAACCCCGUGUGGCAGAGAGAGAGGUUUAAUUUUGUGUCUUUACCCACGGACGUGCUGGAGAUAGAGGUAAAGGAUAAAUUUGCCAAGAGCAGACCCAUCAUAAAGCGCUUCCUGGGGAAACUGUCCAUGCCAGUGCAGAGAUUACUGGAGAAGCAUGCUAUUGGUGACCGAGUGGUCAGCUAUACUUUGGGCCGAAGAUUGCCAACGGAGCAUGUCAGUGGUCAGUUGCAGUUCCGAUUUGAGAUAACUUCUUCAAUUCAUCCAGAUGAUGAGGACAUGUCCCUCAGCACAGAGCUUGAGUGUAGCACAGUGCCUGGGGAACAUGAGCCAGGGCAAGUGGCAGUAGGAGAACAUCCUGCUCCAGUCCAAGCCGAGGACACCAUGAGCCUGGAUCUGGUUGCUGCUGAUCUGCCUCUGGAUGGAGAUACGGCCUCAGUAGAAUUUCCCAUGGAUGUAGAGCCUUUAGAGGCAGAUAAGGGAAGGGCAGAGAUCCAGGAAGUGGAGGAGACCACGGGGAUCCAGGAGGCAGAAUCUGUACCUGGAGAGAGCAGUGAGGUCCUGGUGCCUGAACAAGAUGGAGGAAGUCAGGUGAAGGCCCUGGUACUUGAGCAAGAUGGAGGAAGUCAGGUGGAGAUCCUGAGGCCUGAGCAAUACGGAGGGAGUGAACAGGAGGUGGCAGCUCCAGAGCAGAUGGAGCAAGGAGAGACAGGAGUAGAGGGAGAAGGAUAUAGUCAAGAGACAAAUCAUGGAGAACUAGUUGAUAUAGAAACUAUGGAAAGGACAAAAGCAGCCCCUGCUGUAUUGGUGGAAAAAAUGGAGAAUGCAAUGGGAGGAUCUGAACCUCAACCUGUCUCCGCUGAGGCUUGUGCUCAAGCAGAGGAUGAGGAUCAGGAAGAAGAAGAAGGUUGCUCACUCCGGAUGCGUGGUGCAGCGAAGCGGAAAAAUCGGCCUUGCUCACUACCUGUGUGUGAACUGGAGACGGUAAUUGCCUCCACAUGCGAAGAACCUGAGACCCCACGGUCACACUACAUCCGUCUCCAUCACCUUCUCCACAGCCUUCCGUCUAACCAAUCAGAAAGCUCUAAAACGGAAGAGGAAGAAGAGGAGCAAGAUGAAGAUGGUGCCGCACCAGAGCCGCUGACUCCCAAUGGUCCACGCCGUUCCCUUCCCCGCAGCCGCUCGCACCAGCGCCUUUCCGAACUUGUGCAGAUACUAGAUGGAGAGGACCAAGCACUAGGUUCUGAAGGUCAGGUGAGAAGCCAAAGGUCUCCAGCUGAAAGUGAGGGUGAGGCUGACCUUAGCCCAGUUCCAUGUUGCAGUCACAUGGUGACGAGGGGUGCAGGUGCAAUGCGUGCAGCAUCUUUGGACAGCGCACGAUGCGGCAAGAGCAGCGUGUUCUCCUCACAAGAAGAAGAUGACGACAUGGACGGGCUGAAUGGCAUCUUGGACUUGGAGGUGGAGCCUUGUCCAGGGGUGCAGACUCGAAUGAGGGAUGGAACAAGGUGGGAGGAAGUUCCUGACACUCAUGUGCAAAGUCCACAUGGCAUUAUGGGUAAUGGAGAGUCCCCAGGAGCUGGGACAAGCAACAGGAGAGAGUGUCCUCUGCCAUGUAGUUACCCUCCAGUGAGCCAGCUUCCUGCUCUGAGGCCGGACCCCCACCACUACCCGACCAUCGACGAGCCUCUUCCUCCUAAUUGGGAGGCACGUAUCGACAGUCAUGGACGCGUGUUCUACGUGGAUCACAUUAACCGCACCACGACGUGGCAAAGACCAACAACAGCAGCGACGCCCGACGGUUUGCGCAGGUCCGGCUCCAUCCAGCAAAUGGAGCAGCUCAACAGGAGAUAUCAGACCAUCCAGAGGACCAUGGCAACAGAGAGGAGGGAGGAAGAAGGAGGGAACCCUCGAGUGGAGAGGACGAGCAGUACAGAGACCGACUCGCCACCUCAGACAAGCGAGUCAAGGAGAGACUCGCACUGCUCGAUGAGUCACUGUCAGAAGAUCACUCUGCUGCUGCAGUGUCCAGCCGUCAAGUUCAUCACACACCCCGAGUUCUUCACCGUGCUCCACGCUAACUAUGGUGCAUAUCGCAUGUUCACUAACAGCUCGUGUCUGAAGCACAUGAUCCUGAAAAUCAGGAGGGACGCGCGGAACUUCGAGCGCUACCAACACAACCGUGAUCUCGUCUCCUUCCUGAACCGCUUCGCUGAUUCCCACAUGGAGUUGCCUCGGGGCUGGGAGAUUAAAACCGACCCUCAGGGAAAGUCAUUCUUUGUGGAUCACAACAGUCGUGCCACGACCUUCAUCGAUCCCAGAAUCCCUCUGCAGAACGGCAGGCUGCCCAACCACCUCACUCACAGGCAACACCUGCAGAGACUGCGCAGCUACAGUGCAGGAGAGGCAUCUGAUGUGUCCCGCACUCGCGGAGUGUCUCUGUUAGCGAGGCCUGGCAAUAGUUUAGUAGCCGCCAUCCGAAACCAAAGCCAACAUGAGCCGGUGCCACUGGCGUACAAUGAUAAGAUUGUGGCGUUUCUACGGCAACCCAACAUCUUUGAGGUGCUCCAAGAAAGGCAGCCGAGCCUGGCCAGGAACCCCUCGCUCAAAGAAAAGGUACACCACAUCCGUACAGAAGGCACACCCAGACUAGAAAAGCUGUCCUGCGAUGCCGACUUCGUCAUGCUAUUAAGUUUGUUUGAGGAGGAAAUCAUGUCCUACAUUCCUCUCGCCGCGUUUCACUCCGGUUUCGCCUUCUCUCCACGCUGCUCCCCCGGCUCCUCUCCACAGAAUUCUCCAGGAACCCAGAGAGCUCGUGCUCCAGCUCCAUAUCGCAGAGACUUUGAGGCCAAACUUCGUAACUUCUACAGGAAACUGGAAGCCAAGGGUUAUGGACAAGGGCCGGGGAAGAUCAAAUUAAUAGUACGGAGAGAUCAUCUGUUGGAAGGCACGUUUAACCAGGUCAUGGCUUACUCACGCAAAGAGCUCCAGAGGAACAAACUCUAUAUUACGUUUGUUGGCGAGGAAGGUCUGGAUUACAGUGGGCCUUCUCGGGAGUUCUUCUUUCUGCUCUCUCAAGAACUGUUUAACCCGUAUUACGGCCUGUUUGAGUACUCUGCCAAUGACACAUACACAGUCCAGAUCAGCCCCAUGUCAGCCUUUGUAGAGAAUCAUUUGGAAUGGUUUCGUUUCAGUGGCCGGAUCUUGGGCCUAGCGUUGAUUCAUCAGUACCUGCUGGACGUCUUCUUCACCCGGCCCUUUUAUAAAGCUCUUCUCAGACUAGCGACUGACCUGAGCGAUCUGGAGUAUUUGGAUGAAGAGUUCCACCAGAGCUUACAGUGGAUGAAGGACAAUGACAUCACAGACGUCCUGGAUCUCAACUUCACCGUUAAUGAAGAGGUGUUUGGACAGGUAACGGAGAGGGAGCUGAAAUCGGGAGGAGCCAACAUCCAGGUGACGGAGAAGAACAAGAAAGAGUACAUAGAGCGCAUGGUGAAGUGGAGAGUGGAGAGAGGAGUGGUUCAGCAAACCCAGGCUCUGGUCCGGGGCUUUUAUGAGGUUGUGGAUUCUCGACUGGUGUCUGUGUUUGACGCUAGAGAGCUGGAGCUGGUCAUCGCUGGGACGGCCGAGAUCGACCUCAACGACUGGAGGACCAACACUGAAUACAGAGGCGGUUACCACGACGCGCACAUCGUGAUCCGGUGGUUCUGGGGAGCAGUGGAGCGCUUUAACAAUGAGCAGAGGUUGCGGCUGUUGCAGUUUGUUACAGGGACGUCCAGCGUGCCAUACGAGGGCUUUACAGCUCUGCGUGGAAGCAAUGGCCUGCGCCGCUUCUGCAUCGAGAAGUGGGGAAAGAUCACCUCUCUGCCCAGGGCUCACACAUGCUUUAACCGGCUUGAUCUUCCUCCUUACCCAUCCUACACAAUGCUCUACGAGAAGCUCCUCAUUGCUGUCGAGGAGACCAGCACUUUCGGCCUUGAGUGA